CGAUGUCUUCCACCAAUUAGGGUUUUAGGUUCUUCUAAUUACUCGGCCUCUCCGGAUUCUACUUUCUGUAGCGAGCGCCUCCAAAGCGAAGGGAAAUGGUGAAGGGACGCCAAGGAGAGCGAGUCAGGCUUUAUGUCAGAGGAACAAUCCUCGGCUACAAGAGGUCCAAGUCAAACCAAUACCCGAACACUUCCCUCAUCCAGGUUGAGGGGGUGAACACAAAGGAAGAGGUUGCAUGGUACGCUGGUAAGCGCAUGGCUUAUAUCUACAAGGCCAAGGUGAAGAAGAAUGGAACUCACUACCGCUGCAUUUGGGGUAAGGUGACCAGGCCUCAUGGUAACAGCGGUAUUGUUCGUGCUAAGUUCAAGUCGAAUCUUCCACCGAAAUCCAUGGGGGCUAGAGUUAGGGUUUUCAUGUACCCCAGCAAUAUAUGAGGUAGGCAGCUAUGACAGUGUACGUGGGCUACACCUAAAUUCCCCAUCAAUCAAAUCCUCAAGUACUUAUUGGAAAAAAAAAAAGAAGAAGAAGCCAAAUCAUGGUCUCCGUGGUCAUAUUAAUGCAGAUAUAAAUUAUAAAUGAUUUACAAGCAUUUUCAAUGAUUAUCCUACGAGCUGUACUAAUGUGGUUUAGGCUUGUGUCUCUGAUUUCGAGUAUGUGUAUUUACCCUGUUGUUUCUUAAGAUCCUUUGUCAAUGAUCAUAUCAUUCUAAAUUUCUAUUUUCUCCAUCUUAAUUUUGCUUUGAA